CAACAAAUUUCUAGGUCUGACUUGCAGAGGUGUGCAGGUUUCCAAGCAGUCGUUUGGAAUUGAAAAUAAGGUGUGCAAUUGUGUAAUUGCGAGCUUGAGAAAGCACUCUUUUGACGAUUUGGACCUACGUCAGUUUAGUUUCACUUGAUUCACUCUCUUGACGCUGCUUACGAGCUCGUUGUUGUUGAAGCGAACGGCCACGUUUUCUCUUCGAAGAGCUUUUCAGGUUUCUUGUUCCUGGAGUAGAGAGUUGGUGAGCGGGCAGAAGGGCCGUUUUUGGGAGUUUAGGAAUUGAGCGAUUGUUGUGGAAUUUUUUGAGAAGGCGUUUAUGUAGCCAUGUUAGGGGCAGUGCGGUUCAUUCCGAGGGACGAAUUGCCCGCCACUGCUAGUGAUGAAGGUCAAGGCGACAAGUCCUCCAAGAAGCGUAAGUAUGGAGCAAAACACAAGCACGGGGAUGAGAAGCGGAAGUAUAAGUUGAAGGAUGAUCGAUCCGAUUACAGGAGAAAAUCUAAAUCCAAGCAUUCUGAGGAUGAAGAGGAAGAAAAAGAGUAUAGCAGCGACGAUACAUCCGAAGACUCAGAUGGUGUCUCUAACAGGAAGAAAAACCGUGAAUUGCAAGAGAACAAAAGGAAGGAGGCAGGUUUAGAAUGGAUGAACCUUGCUCCAGAAAGACCGCCGGCUCCGAAGGUUGACGAUGCGCUAGUUCUCGAACCAGAGAAACCAAUCAGCAAUAUCAAAGAGCUUAAUCCUUAUUGGAAAAACGAUGGCAAAGGACUGCCUACCGACACAGAAAAGGGAGGUUUGAGCGGAGGAGGUCGUGGUAGGUUGCCACCUCCACCAGGUAUUGGAGAUGGUGGUGCGAGUUGGCGAAUGAAAGCCUUGAAAAGGGCUCAAGAGCAAGCUGCACGUGAAGGCCGAAAGCUAGAUGAGGUGGUCGAAGAACGAUGGGGUUCUUUAGCUUCACUUGUCGACAGCGUUGCGAUUCAAAGGGCAGCGCAUGCCAAUGCACAUAUGCAUGCUAAAAGAGACAGAACGAGGAAAACUACUGAUACCCCUCAGGCUGCUGAACGCACGAAAGUGGAGGAAUCCAAAGAGGGAGAGGACGAGGAUGAUAGGAGGAUAAGGACAGGAAGCAGAGAUUAUUUGAAAGACGUUAAAGUAAAAGAUAACCGUAUGAGAGAACCACGAGUGGACCGAAAAUUGUCCUGGAGAAAUAGCGGAGGUAUUCGACCAGAAGAUACUGCUAUAUUAAAGGCUGCCGUUCAAACUUACAACAAGUUUGAAAAUGAUGGAAAUUUCUUGAAGAGGGUGCCAUCUUCUCCGUCUCAGAAAGAGUCGAACACUGCAACUCAUGCCUCCACUACGAUCAGGACUACGACUAAGAUUGGAACCACCAAGAUUGUGAAGGACAUUGAUCCACACGAUGUCAAGAUAGGUAGUAGUGCUCGUGUGACUACUGUUUCGAAAUCGGUCACAAGAGUGGAGGUUCAGGGUGAGACUGGGGAUGCUGCUCCGAGCCGCAUAAAAUCUUCACAUGAGGUCACAAACAUUGCAAGUUCUGAGUCUGCUCACAGAGUGGAUUCUCAUCAUGCAGAUGGGAUAAAUAACAUUAAACCAGUAUUAGCUGGGGCUGAUACUGGGCGAAAGGGUGAAGUUAGCGUGCAGGUUCAAAAUUUGAGUAGUAACCAAGUUGCAGCAAAAGUGAUGCAGUUGCGGCUUCGAGGCAAACACAAGGAAGCAGACGAACUUCAGAAGCAAAGCGAAGCUGCUGUAAAUGCUACUGCAAAUGCUGCUGCUAAUGUGGCGAGGGAGCAAUCAGAUGACAUAGAAGAAAAGCAGUCUGCCCCUGGGCCAUCGCAAGUUUUAGCAAGGCUCGAGGCUUUGGGGAAAAAAACUUUAGAAUCACGGAGGGAAAGUGCGGACAAAGCAUUGGCAGGAUUGAUAGGUCAGCACAAGAUGUAUAAAGCAGAUGACGAGUAUGAAUACUUGGGUCCCCUGGCAGAGAAAAAGAAGAAGAAAUCUUCCCAGGGUGCGAGAGAACGCCCUUCAGUACAAGGAUUUAAUCGCAUUCAAACACAAACGGAGCGUUGCCAAUUAUGCUUCGACAAUGUACAGAGACCCAAGCAUCUUACUAUGGCAAUUGCUAACCAUACAUACCUUACAUUACCUCCAAGACGACCUCUUGUAAAUGGCCAUUGUUACAUAGUGCCCAUGCAGCACGAGGGAGCUACCCGUAACGUCGAUGAUGAUACUUGGGAGGAACUUCGUAAUUUCAAGAAGUGUUUGGUACGCAUGUUUGGAGAGCAGGAAAAGGAGGUUAUAUUUUUGGAGACAGCCAUGCAUCUAUCUCGUCAAAAGCGCCACUGUUUGGUGGAAUGUGUACCCAUUCCAUCCACUUUUGCCAAGGAUGCUUCUCUUUACUUCAAGAAGGCAAUCGACGAAGCAGAGAGUGAAUGGAGUCAACAUAAUGCAAAGAGGCUUAUUGACACUCGGAUCAAAGGCCUACGGUCCUCUGUGCCCAUAAAUUUCCCCUAUUUUCAUGUAGAGUUUGGAAUGAACGGAGGUUAUGCUCAUGUGAUUGAUGAUGAGAGCAAGUUCAAACCGGAUUUUGGUAGGGCUGUAUUGGAAGGAAUGUUAGAAAUCGAAGAAGAGGAAGUUCAUAUGCAGGCGUUGUCGAGGAGGGACCAAGAAAAAGUCGCUAAAGACUUUGCUAAAAUAUGGGGACCACAUGAUUGGACAAAAAUGCUGGAUUAAAUGUACCGAGCAUUGCUGCUUAUUUAUGAUGACGCUUGUAUCUUUUGGCGUGUUUGACAAAGA